CCUGUUUCUAUAUUUAGAAUCAUUGACUGGUAAAAUAUAUCGACCUUCAAAUGUAUAACAAUUGAUUUCCACGAGCAUCGACACUUACAUUGAAAUAUAUAAUUGUGUUGGAUGUAUUACAAAUGUUUCUAAAUGGACAACGUAACACAAAACAUAUCAACAGCACUGUACCGUUAUCUGUGUCAGAAUAUAGUAGGAACAGAAGAUCACGUUAAACAACUCAGAUGGAUUAACACCGUCCGUGAUAACUUGUCUAGUGAUGAAAAGAUGACAUUUAUUACAAAUGGUAGUUUUGGGGAAGGACUUGAGAUGCGAGGCAGCGAUUUAGAUAUUAUGUGUGUGCUCAAAGAUAUGAAGAUUCAAAAUGUGAAAUCCAGUUCACAUCCAAAUAUUAGAUAUUGGACAAUGGAUACAGAUGAUGUAAAGCCUGGAUUUACUAAAUUGUAUUGCGAAAAUAAAAGUGGUAUAUUCAAUAGAACUCUUGAAGAACUAAAUGGUAAAUAUUUUUUUUCGAGCGCUAUAUUUAGACAAGGCCUCUUGGUUGAUAAGAAAAAACUUAGUAUUCAUGGACCGUGUAUAUCUGACAAUGAUGAAAAGAUGGAUAUAGCCCUAUGCCUUCGUUGUAAAACUUGGGUAUCACCUGCAACACAGUGGAUAACCAGACCAAGCAAUCAAUGGCCGAGUCUUAAUGUGAAACAACGUAUUGUAGAACACGGCGUACUCUUUGUACCCAUCGGAGUAAAGGGGUCACCAAAAGAACAUCUUGAAUGGCGAAUAUCCUUUUCAGUUGGUGAAAAACUUCUUAUACAUACGUUUACACACUCUCAAUUAUUAUGCUAUGCCCUCUUAAAAAUUCUCCUGAAGGAUGUUAUUGCUACUAACUCUGAAUGUAAAGAUUUACUCUGUUCAUAUUUUCUGAAAACAAUUAUUUUCUGGAUAUCUGAAGAACUACCGCAAUGUGCAUGGAAACCUGCUAGUCUUAUACCUUGCUUUAUGCGAUGUUUAAUGAGACUGAUUUAUUGUGUCAAGUAUUCAGUUUGCCUGCAUUAUUUCAUUCCAGAGAACAACAUGUUUGAGAACAAGAUAGAGGGUCGUGCUCGUGAUAUACUUUUAGAAAAACUAUUUAACCUGCAUAGUAAUGGUUGGCGAUGCAUUUUAUUUUCCGAUCAGAUAUCUAAGUUUCAUGGAUCAAUGCCGAAUUUCCACAUCGAACCACAUUCAUUGUAUGUACCUGAAGUUGUAAAAAUAGUUAAUUCGCUUCAAUUGCAAUCUUUAAAUAUUAUGGUCACUCAUAUUAUACAGAACGUAUUCAAUAUAGGAAUAAAACUGAUAGUUUCAUGUCAGAAAUCUUCAAUAAAAUACUUAUACACAUACUUUAUGUCAAUCGCGUGUUCAAUACGUGCUCAGACUUUACCACUGACCAGUACAUGCAGUAAUAAAUACCAAUACACACAGUAUAGAUCUUGUCUUAGUACUUUACAACAGAAUAUCUAUCACGAUGCUGUAUCUGGAUGGCUGAUGUUAGCCUCGUUUUUCUAUUAGACAAAACAAUACAAUAAAGCGUUACGCAUCAUCGAGUAUUCUAUAUCGAAAUAUACUCCCGCAAAACUGUUCCGUUCCAUGGAUGUGUUGGAUAUAGAUCACCGAAUACUUAAACUUAAAACAAUCCAGAAGAAAAGCAUUGUUCAACAGUGGAAAAUAAUGUUAGUAGAUGUUAUGAUAUUCGAAGAGAACUCUUUAUUAAUACCUUACGAACUUCUAAGGGAAGUUGAGAAUGACAUGUGUAGUAUUCAGACUAUACAGUAUGCUUAUUUUCUUAAGUUUCGUUGUCAUUAUCAUCUCAAUAACGCCAGGCAAUGUCAGGAUUCCCUAUAAGAUCUACGACUGCGUAGAGGAGGCAAAUUAUUUUAUAGAAAAUAGCGAUGCCGACUUUUCAGCCUACAAUCUCACUGUAGUUGAUUUUGGGAUAAUCGUGGAUAUCAAGCAUUAUAAAAAUAUUUCACAUGUAGAUCGGAAACUGCUAACCCUUUUGCCAUUUGAUAAAGGACUUUCCGUUUUUAAUUUUC